AGACAUGGUGGUGUACUGGACGGUGGUUUUGGCGACAUGGCUUUGCUCGAGCACAGUAGCCAUGGCAGAUUCCGGCCAUGAUCAGCCGCCCACAGUUCCAAUUUGCUCCAGAGAAGGAGCUCAUGACCGUCAGCUCAAUGCAGCGUUCCCUGAUUAUCCCACGGUGAAAUUCACCACCAACGGUUUUGUCACCAAAAAAUACUACAGGCAGUUCUUGAAAACCAUUCGAGGUCGAGUGGCAAAUGAGAGUGAUGCAAGGCAUGGAAUACCAGUAUUGCCUAAUCCAUCUGCAGUGUCCGAUUCGCAGCGAUUUGUUCUGGUGGAACUCUCAAACAAUGCAGAGGAUGUUGUGACGUUGGCCAUAGAUGUCACCAAUAUGUAUGUGGUGGCUUAUCGAGCAGAAGACGAGUCCUACUUCUUCCAAGAAGCUCCAGAUGUUGCAUUCACGGAGCUCUUCACAAGCACAAAUCAAAAUACCCUCACAUACUGUGGCAACUACAAAGACCUCCUAAGAGUCGCAGGUUUGAGUGAUUUGGACAGGGUUCAAGUGGGAAUGCAGGAGCUAGACACAUCUAUCAGCUUGUUGUUCCAUAGGUCUGGUGCGCACAUCGACCAAGAAAAGGUGGCUCGUUCUCUUAUAAUUUGCAUUUUGAUGAUUUCAGAAGCAGUGAGGUUUCGACAUAUUGAGCAAAGAGUAGCUGACACCAUAAGAAGUGAUAGCUAUGGAAGCUUUAGCCCGAACGGUGCGGUGAUCAGCUUUGUGAGAUCCUGGAGUCAACUCUCAAGAGGAAUCCAGGAGUCAAACGAAGAUGGAUCCUUCGGAGAGAUUCAAUUACAGAGAGCUGAUUAUUCCGGCCGUCUCACUGUGAGCGACGGGAUGCCUGAUCUAGUUUUCACUAUUGGGAUUAUGUAAUACAUUUGUGAAAAACCACAAACUCCUCGGUCUUCUCUACUUAUAAAUCCCGUUGUGAAUGCAUAUAAUGAUGGAACUUGCACAAAGGAAGAGGUCAAAGUACGUAUCAUCGGCCGAAACGGACUUUGCUCGACUGUAAAGGAUGGAAUUUUCGACUUGGGACAACAUAUAAUUUUGUCACCAUGUAGGUCUGCAAACACAAAUCAGCUAUGGACCUUAAAAAAAGAUGGGACUAUCGAGUCUAAAGGAUGGUGCAUAGCUUCUCUCGUGCCUCAAAUGGGAUUUAUUGUAUUUCUCAGUUAUUGCUAUCCUUUCCUAGGUCAAGAUCCUUACUGGCAAAUAAGGGACGACGGAACCGUCAUAAAUUCUGAAUCAUCACUUGCUCUAAGUGCAACAUCAGGAACCAGUGGUACCAUACUCACUGUAGAGGUCAAUAAUUAUUCCUCUCGUCAAGGAUGGCUCGCCUUAAUGAUUCGAAGCCUUUUGCUAGGUCCAUUGUUGGAUUUAAAGAUCUUUGCAUGGAAGCAAAGUCGAACACUGUGUGGUUAGAGGAAUGUGAAAGCAAGGUAGAACAACAAUGGGUUCUCUAUCCAGAUCGCACCAUACGACCAUAUUGGAGUCAAGACUUGUGCCUUUCCCACUAUAAAGAUCAAUUUGAUGACAUCAAUAUCAUCAAUAUUAUUUGUUGCAGUGGAUUAUCCCGUGAACGUUGGUUGUUUAGAAAUGAUGGAUCCAUUUUGAAUCCUUACACCGGAUUAGUCAUGAAUGUGAGAAGCUCAAGCUCCAAUCCAAGUCUUCACCAAGUAAUUAUGUGGCAAUUUACUGGAAAUCUCAACCAAAAGUGGUUUUCAUUGUUUUGAUUACUC